AUGGUGCUACGCCGCACGACAUUGUCUUUUUUCAGACCUGCAGAAUGGGCUCGUCACUCUCACUGUAUCCUUGCUUGGCCUGGACUCAAGAACGCGUCUUUCCAGACCUCUGCAUCAUUGACUGCUGCCACGGACGAGGUGUCUAGCUUAGUCAGGGCAAUUUCUAGAUUUGAGCCAGUCAGUUUGGUCGUUGGUCAAGAUCGGGUACAUGAAGCACGCUCAGAGUUCGAAUCCAACUCAUCUACGACGAAACACAUGAUUCGAAUUCACUCGGUUCCGGGGGAUGGUAUGGAUCUGUGGAUGAGAGACAUUGCACCUACAUUUACCAUAUGCCAGCAAAAAGAGAAACCAACGCAACAGCUGUUUGGGGUUGAUUUCAACUUCAACGGCUGGGGAAGUCGGCAUGUCACUGCAGCGACGGCCGGUCUUGCGCGUAUACUUCUUGAAGACACUAAAACUCGUCGCGUCAAAGCAUCAAUCACCGCUGAAGGAGGCGCUUUGGAGGUUGACGGUGAGGGCACAUUAUUAGUAACAGAGAGUUCCAUUAUCAACCAGAACCGAAACCCCGGAAAGAGCAAGGGAGACAUCGAGAACGAAUUGCAACGGUGCCUGGGUGUAUCGAAAAUCAUUUGGCUACCUGGGGUCAUGAAUGCCGAUAGUACAGACUGUCAUGUUGAUGCUCUAGCGAGAUUUGCUUCGCCGGGUGUUGUGCUUCUCAGUCGACCUGUAGGGCCCAGGGCGAAGACAGUAUGGAUGAAGGUAUACGAAGAGACGAAAGAUAUCCUGUGCAAUCAACAAGAUGCCCAAGGCAGAAGCCUUGAGAUUAUCGACAUUCUAGAACCUGACAUGGCUCUUUUGAACCUAGACGAGGAAUCUAUGGAAGCACUCGAGACUGCAAGUGGAUGGUCUCCAGUUAUGAGCUACGUGAACUACUAUCUACCAAAUGGCGGACUGGUGAUUCCGAAAUUUGGCGAUGAGGAGGCUGACAUCAGGGCUUUUGAGAUCUUGAAGGGCCUUUUUGGGAAGGAAAGAGAGGUCGUGCAGGUUUAUAUCAAUGAACUGCCAUUACUCGGAGAUACCACCAACAUGAAGCGCAAGACAGACGAUACCCACCAAUCAAAUGGCCACCAUGAGUCCAAGAAAAGAACCCUCUCAGACGACGCAGUAGCUGCACGCUUUCGCGAGGGUCUGUUCGAUCCGGCAGAACUGGAGAAAUAUACCAAGAGCUAUGCAAGCUCAGGACCCUACAAACAUGGCGUUAUAUCCCCAUUAAUCGCGCCAGACCUUCUACGCUCCGUGCGCAACGAGAUCGAGCAGAAAAUCUCCUUCACCGAGAAGGAAACCGAUAUCUACAAAACGUUUCAGUCGGGCGACCUGGCAAACCUCGACGGGCUGGACGAUGCUUCGCUAUCACGACUGCCGUCCUUGCUGCAGUUGCGCGAUGCGCUAUACUCCGCCAAAUUCCGCGCGUAUCUGUCCUCGUUGACGGGCUCGGGAGAGCUGAGCGGGAAGAAAACCGAUAUGGCUAUUACCAUCUACACGGAAGGUUGCCAUUUACUCUGCCACGACGAUGUUAUUGGCAGUCGACGUCUAAGCUAUAUUCUGUAUUUGACGGACCCGGACACGCCAUGGCAGCCCGAAUGGGGUGGCGCACUGCGGUUGUACCCUACCAAGACUGUUCGAGACGAGAGCAAAGGCGGCGACGAGAUCAAGAUACCCAGCCCGGAUUUUAGCUUGUCGAUUCCACCGGCUUUCAAUCAGCUGAGUUUCUUCACUGUGCAGCCCGGCGAAAGCUUUCAUGACGUCGAGGAGGUCUAUCACCCGUCAGAACAGGAUAAAGGGAAAGAGAAACGCGUGCGGAUGGCGAUAAGUGGCUGGUUCCACAUCCCGCAAGAAGGUGAGGAGGGGUACGAGCCUGGUUUGGAGGAGAAACUGGCCGAACGAAGCAGUUUAUCCCAACUCCAAGGUAGAGGCGAUAUAUAUGACCAGCCGCAGCCGCAGCCGGUUGAUUGGGAUGCCGAGGCUGUUUCGGACAGCGGCAAAGGAAAAGGAAAAGGAAAAGCCAAACAGUCUGUUGAUGACGAUCAAGGCGACGAACUUACCGAGUCUGAUCUGGACUUUUUGCUACAAUUCCUUGCGCCGUCGUACUUGACUCCGGAUAUUGCCGAGGAGAUCUCGGAGACAUUCGCCAACGACUAUUCGCUUAGUUUGGAGAAGGUGCUGUCGGAAAAGUUUGCAGGCAAGGUCCGAGAGUAUAUUGAGCAGCAGGAGAAGGAAGGAUUGCCGGCUUCCGCGGACGAUAUUGAAGCAAGCACAAGUUGGAAAGUCGCUCGUCCUCCUCACAAGCAUCGCUAUGUCUUCCAGCAACCUACUACGGCCAGCACCAAGCAAGAUAGUGUAUCGCCCGUACAAAAAUUACUAAAUGAGUUCUUGCCAUCGCAGCCCUUCCGGAAAUGGCUCACUUUGAUCACGGGCGCAGACCGUCUAACGGAUCACAAUCUGUUAGCUCGCAGAUUCCGACGUGGCCAGGACUACACAUUGGCCAGUAGCUACGAGGGCAGCGAGCCGCGGUUGGAAUUUACUCUUGGUCUUACCCCGACAUCUGGCUGGGAGAAGGCAGAAGACGAAGAUGAAGACGAGGAGGAGGAAGGUGAAGGUGCUAAGACCGCAAAGACAUCUACUUCUACCGAAGAGACCGACAGCGAAGAUCCGUCCGUAGGCGGCUACGAGAUGUACAUGACCGGUGAAGAUGACGAAGAAGACGACGACGACGAUGCAAACGAAGGCGCAGAGGACCGCAAAUCCAAAAAGUCGGACCCGGCAAUCUACAAAGCAGCGCAUGACGACGACGAUGGAAUUCUUUUCAGCAUGGCGGCUGGCUGGAAUCGCAUGAGUAUUGUGUUGCGCGACAGUGGCACGCUCAAGUUUGUCAAGUAUGUGAGCGCGGCUGCGCGCGGGGAUCGAUGGGAUAUUACGGGGGAGGUUGGUGUUGUUUUUGCUGAUGAUGAUGAAGAAGAAGAAGAUGAGAAUGAUCAAGAGUAA